AUUUAUUUUAAUUUUGCUCUACGAUUGUAAUACGCGAUGAAAGCAUAUGAUCCACAGCAUAGAUUAUGCAGUUAAUAUAUUCAGAUUAUAUUUGUUGAUUCUUCAAUUCAACUCCAUAUCAAAUUCUCUAAAUCCCUUUUCCACAUACUGAAGUCUUCACUGAAUCUUCGAAAUUCGAAUACACCUUACCCUAGAGUUGAGAGUAAUUGGUUGAUGGGAUUUCUUGCAUCAGCUGAUAGUAGAGAAAGUGUAUGCAUUCUAAUUUGGUUCGCUCGACUUCUACAAUCAAAGCCUUGGCUAGAUCGGGUCGCAUUGAAUGCGCACGUAAACUGUUCGAUGGAAUGCCAAGCAGAGACACAAUCGCUUGGAAUGCUAUGCUUGGUGCAUAUUCUCAACUGGGUUUAUGUCAAGAAUCUCUCUGCUUUCUCCGCCACAUGAGAAUAUCUAAUCACAAGCCGGAUCACUUCUCCUUCUCCUCCGCCAUCAGCGCCUGUGCAGGUUCAUGUGAACUCAUACAUGGGCAGAGACUCCAUGCUUUAGUUAUUAUCACAGGAUGUAAUUCAUCCUUACCUGUAAACAACUCUCUUAUUGAUAUGUAUGGGAAAUGCAGAAUCCCUUCAAAUGCUAGUAAAGUUUUCAGCCAGAUGACCCAUCAAAACGAAGUGUCUUGGUGUUCACUACUGUUUGCAUUCACAAACGUCGGUCGGUUGGGAAUCGCUCGUGAAAUCUUUCAUACCAUGCCUAGUAAAGUAAACAUAGCAUGGAAUACAAUGAUUUCUAGCCAUGCUCGAAUCGGAGACGUCGAAUUUUGUAUUGAUUUGUUUAGGAGAAUGUUGUUGAAAUGUUCUUGUGGAGUGGAUCAUUGGACGUUAAGCGCUCUAAUGAACGCUUGUACUGAGUCAGACGAAGAAGCUUCUUAUGGUUUAAUGGUGCACGCGUUUAUUUUGAAAACCGGUUGGAGCACAGCGUUAGAAGCGAACAACUCGGUUUUAAGCUUCUACGCUAAGAUUAGUAGUCACGACGAUGUCAUAAAGGUGUACGAAUCUACUCAGACUUUAAGCCAGGUUUCUUGGAACGCGAUAAUCGACGCUCACAUGAAAGUAGGCGAAGUCGAAAAAGCGUUUCUCGCCUUUCAACAAGCCCCCGAGAAGAACAUUGUUUCAUGGACUUCGAUGAUAUCUGGAUUCGCGAGAAACGGGCACGACGAGAAAUCCUUUUCUUUCUUCGUGGAAAUGAUGUCGUCAAGAGAAACAAAAACGGGUAGUACUACAAGACCUGACGGGUUCACUUUAGGGGCGACCCUGCACGCUUGCUCUAACUUGGCUAGCCUAGAACGUGGGAGAAUGGUUCACGGUUGUGUUAUACGUUACGGAUUAUUUUCUUCGACUUACGUUGGGAAUGGUUUGGUUAACAUGUAUGCGAAAUGCGGAGAGAUUGACGAUUCGAAUGGAGCGUUCUCGGAGAUUGUUGAAAAGGAUAUUGUAAGUUGGAACACGAUGUUAUUUGGUUAUGGUUUACACGGACGGGGCAAGCAAGCUUUGUCGAUUUUUAAUGAAAUGAUGGAAUUUGGGAUGAAACCAGAUAAGGUUACGUUUAUUGUUUUGUUGAUGGGUUGUAGUUAUUCGGGGCUAAUAGAAGAAGGUCGAGAUAUUUUUUGUUCUAUCGGUGUGAACACAGAAAGGGAUCAUGUGGCGUGCAUGGUUGAUUUGUUGGGACGAGGUGGGUACUCAGAAGAAGCGAAGGAGUUGGCGAAAGAGGCAGGUUUGUCUUUGGAGAUGGAAAACGAAGAGAUGAGUUAUGUAAUGUUGUCGAAUUUGUAUUGUGCGAGUGGAAUGUGGAGAGAAGCCGAGAUCACGAGAAAGAUUAUGGCGGAUCGAGGGUUGAGGAAAACACCCGGGUGUAGCUGGAUUGAAAUAAAAGAGGUCACUUGAAAUUCUGGUGUGCCACUCUAGUUCAAUGAUAAAGUCCAAAAUUAAUCUAGACAGUUAUAUUUUACAUAGACAGUUUGAUAAAGAGGUCUAUUUGAUUCCUCCACAAGGUUAUGGUAUGGAUAAGAAAUUAGUGUGUAAACUGCAUAAAAGCCUAUAUGGGUUGAAGCAGGCUUUUCGCCAAUAGAACAAUGAAUUUAAUGGUAGAUUGAAGGCUUUUAGUUUUAGCAAAUCUCCACAUGAUCAUUGCCUAUUUGUUAAAAAGAAUCUCCAUAUCCUUUACUGCUAUUUUGAUAUAUGUUUAU